AUGCCAGAUGAGAUCCUCCUCGAAAUCAUCAGCUAUCUGGACAUAGCAAGCCUUGUUCGAUUUGCCGAGUGCAAUCCGGAUCUACGAAGUCUAAUAGUUGGGCUGCGACAUGUUCGGAUUGCCAAGUCUCAUACUUAUAUCAGGUCCGCAUUGUUAGAGAUGCUCCAUGCAGGAACCGCCAGAUUUUUCACCCUGGACGACUUUGUUAGUAUGCUUACUACAUCAAAGUGCAUGAUAUGCAAGGACUCUGAUGCAUUUGCACCCUGGGUUUGCCUCAUGCUCUGCGAGAGGGUUUGUGGGAAGUGCAUCAAGAUCGAGCGAAAGAACAUUCGUCUACCACAGAACGUAGCAUCUGAAUGCCUGGGCUUGAAUCUUAGCGACAAGGUUGGAGAACCGGGCACUGCUUCGGUAUUUCGCAAACCAAAACCUCUGCUCUCUGAACGUUUCUCCAGGGUUGGGUGCAGAGCAUGGUGGACUAUGCGCGGUGAUAACAGACUAGACAUCAUCCCCCUCAGGCUGGCAGUCAAGUUAUCUUUGGAGAAGCAUGCGCAGAUAGGCGGCGCUAGUCAUGUCAAGAAUCUCAUUCAAGCUUAUAUCAGCCAAAACGAUCCGAAUCUUCUUUCGCGGGGUCAACUCAACGCCAUAACAGAUGAAUGCGACGUCAGGGGUUUGUCAGAUCUUAUUGUCAACUUGGAGGACUGGAAGCAACAUGAAAAGAGAUACGAAGAUUCGAUCCCGAAUUGGAUACUAACAGGGUACAUGCCAUUUCUUCACUCUGCAGUUCUGCCGUUGCAACUCGAGCCUGGGUUGCUGUGCGAAGGCUGUGAACGGAUUGCAUUUCACACAAGACGAAGCCCUGCUACUGCUGCUGCUGCUGCUGCUGCUGCUCUAGCCGAGAAGUCUUAUCUUUCGGCACAGUACGAAGUCCACUUUCAGCACUGCGACGCAGCUCAGUCGAUCUUCCAAGGUGAACGUCUCAGAAUGUCGGAUGAAAAAGACGUAAGAGAAACAUUGUCAACGACACUCUCCCGCUUCGACACACUGGAGCUUAGUGUGCGAGAUCAUUUUUUGAGCCAAAUCCGCCGAAUAGAUUUCGACAGAACCCCUCGCGAGGUGUAUGCAGCAGUUCAUCCGUUGCUAUUGCGAAUCGAUCUAGUUGGAAAAAGAUGUCUGCAACAACAAACAUCGUCCCGGCAGGUGGUGAGCUCCACUACGAGACGCUUCGAAGACUAUACUGGAUAA